CGAUUCAUAUGAGAAGGACGUUUUAAAAAAAAACCAAGCAAACAUAUCUAUUCACGUCUGACAUCAAAAGAGUGAAAGGGUGUAACGUUUAGCAUGAUAAAUAGGCUUGUCAGACCACAGAAGAGUGAAAUUCUCUAAAAUAGUCGAAUUAUAGACCCAUAAGUCAAGAUAUAGCCGAUAUACUUGUGAUGACGAUACACUGCUAAGGAGACAGGAUUGGUGAGGAAAGGAAACAUUAAAAGCUGACAAGAUGAGGAGGAGGAAGGAUGGAUCCAUGUUUACUGUUGUAAAAUACAUAUUCUUCUUUUUCAAUGUCCUCAUAUGGCUACUUGGCUGUGGUUUGUUGGCUGUCGGCAUUUGGAUGCAGGUCAACAAAGGCCCCUACAUGGCCAUCCUUCCUAGUCACAGCUUCCUGAGUGCCACGGCCCUGUGUAUCGCAGCGGGAGCUAUCAUCCUCAUUGUUGGAUUUUGUGGCUGUUGUGGUGCUUUGGUGGAAAAUCAAUGUAUGCUUGUAGCAUACUUUGUGUUUGUGUUCGUGAUAUUUGGACUGGAGGUGGCCAUAACUGUUUUGGGUUUUUCCAACAAAGAUCAGAUUCGUUCGACUGCUGAGCAGGAGUUGACAUACAGUAUAGAACAUGUUACUAGUACUAAGAUAGAGAAGACACACCAGGAGGGCGUACUAGCAAUGAUAGACACCAUACAACAGGAUCUCCAGUGCUGUGGGAUGAACAACUACACUGACUGGUACACCAUUGGUAACCUGUCUAAGGGGGAGGCAAUCCCGUCCUCUUGUUGUAUAUACAAGGGGGAGAACUGUGGCAAAUCUUCCAGCCUUCGCUUCUACAAACGAGGAUGUUUGAAGGAGAUUGAGUAUUGGUUCCUACAGAAUAUGUAUGUACUUGGGAUUGUGGCACUUCUAGUCGGAGUAGUGCAGAUUUCUGCGAUGGUAGCUGCGGUGGCAUUGUUCUGCUGCCUCCGGACGGAUGACUACCUCUAGGGGAGGAUGAUCACCACGAAAGGAUGAAGUUCAAUAUUAUCUAACUGGACAGAUGAUUAUCACUGACGGUAGUGGGAAGUAACACCCUCUAAUGAAAAGUGACAAUCAUCAGUGAGAAAUGAUUAUCUCCGGUGAGGAGUGACAGUCUCCAAAGGGAAGUGAUGACCUCUCAUGUUAGACAGCUAUCUCCUGAGAGCUGAUCGUUCAGUGACAGUCUCCAAAGGGAAGGGAUGACC